GUUGAGGCUCCAUUUUGUUGUUAGACGGAGACAAAGUGGAGAAGGAGAGUAAUACCAUUCCGCUGUAACCCCGGAUUUGAACAAAGAUUCGCAUAUUGGGAAACAUUUUCUCCUUUAUCAGCUACAGCUGACAGACUAGACAAAGGGAAGACGAAGGUCUUAUUCCAUCGAAGCCAGAGGAAGUCGAUUCACGGCUUCUAGAGCACCGUGCGCCGAGGUGAAUUCAUGUUCAGCUCGGUUACACGAAAAAACAUCGCUCAUUGGCACAUGCAAACUUCAGAUCUUGCUGGACAUAUAUGUGCAGCGAGAAGUAGAUCGACUACUUUGAGGACCUGGAGCCCGAUUGGUGAAGAGAAAUUAAAAAGUCAAGAGAACCACGCACUCAACUUUUCUACAACAGAGAGGUGACAUCCAAUCAAAGCAGUAUGGGAGGUGGUGAAAGAUACAACAUUCCAGAUCGCCCGGCGCCCAAGAAGAGCCACCAGAUUGGCAGGAGCAAGCAGAGAAGUCGAGACCAGAAUGGAGUGGUGCAUGCCGCCGUCUCAGGAGCCUUAGGGGUAGCCCAUCACCACAGCCAUCGCAGGGGUGAGAAGGGCACCGGCUAUUCUUGGUCUCCUGAGGCACGGCAGGCCGCUUUUGUAGACAAGAAAAAUGCCUCUGUUCAUUUUGCCACACCUUAUGAUCAGAAUUGGGAGGGUACCAUGUCCCAUCUGAACAAACUUUUGUCAACUCAGUGUGGUCAGAACUAUGCUGGAGCCAAGUUUAGUGAGCCCCCAUCCCCGAGUGUGCUACCCAAGCCCCCGAGUCACUGGGUGUCUCUUCCGAUGGGUGCUUGCGAUCAUCGUGAGAUGAUGACCUUUCAGUUAAAGAGCCUCCUGAAGGUUCAGGCCUAAGAAGGUCACUCACUGCUGCUCUCUUAAGCCAAUAUAUGAACGAAGGCUCUGCUUGGGCAUCUCACCCUCCUCUUGAAUGCUCCAGCUGCGUAAUAUAUUUUACAACUAUUUUUAGAUUUGCAUCUUAAUAAGCUGGUGACCAUUUGGCAAGCAGAUGUUUCACCUGAUGUUCAUCACCUAAUUUUUUUUUAAGCAAACCACUUCAAUUGUUAUUACGUUGCUGUAGCCUUAAGGGGAGGUCGAGAACUUUUAGUGAAGCCAUAUGCCAUGACAAAUGAACUGGAUGUCCUCCUUAAUAACUCAUUGCUCUGUUAUGCUCCCGUUUUGUUUUGUUCUUUUUUCUUUGUAAUGGCUGUUUGAGAUGGUGCGUUUUUUCUUCUCAACCAGAGUAGACAAAAUUCCCACAAUUUCCUCGCAUAGUUUGUCGCUUGCUGAGGUUUGACGCAUACUCUCGGCUUGAGUUUUAAUCCUGCAGGGAGUGUCAGAAACCUUUUGGUGCUAAGCACAGCAGCAUUUGUAGCGUUAUAGUGCAUACUGCGUUUCCAGGUAUCUUUUUAUUUAGCUUUUUGAGAAGUAAAAGCCACUUGACUUCGUUCUGCAGGGAGACUUAAGUGAACAGGAUAUGAAGGGGAACAAGCUUAAGUCAACAUAGGUCAUUUAACUAACCUCAAGCGUAAUGAGGUGGCACAAGGGACCUUGUGUUUCAACACCUGUACUUUAUUUUUUAAUGGCGCUGUGCGCAUUGCACUAUAGGUGUUGACAUUCACGAAGGUUCACAAGCUCUAUUGCAGCAUUAAACUUUUGUUUUUACAUCCCUUGGGUUAUAGCUUAGAAAACUAAGUGUGAUUUUUAAUGUUUACCAAAGCUAAGAAAUCAGCAAUUUUCUGUUGGGUACCCCCCCCCCCCCUUAACAAAAUCUGGUUACAAGUGCCAUAAAUCAUCAAGUAAGGCAUUAGUGUAUAUCAAGGUUUUGGUUAAUCUUUUCUCUUUUUUUUUAACUCUGUACUUUUGGAAUGAUCAGAGAGCAAAUAUGUGGAGGAGGGUUAUAAUGCGAGAACAUAGGAUGGAUGUUUUCUGUGGUCUCGUCUCAUAGCCUUAUUUGCUCUGUGGUUGUUUUGAUACAAGCAUUGUUAUGAAAUGUGUGUAUUACGGCGUGGGGGAACAGAGAAAUAGGGCGCAAGUCCAGUGAGGACAUGUUUACAUUGUUUUAUAAGAAGGCAAGUAGAUGACAUGAUACACACACUGCCCUUUCUCAAUUGUUGUUUUUCUUGCACUGCUGUUAAUUUGUGUUCAAAAGUUUCAGACAAUGUUGCUCUUUCAACUGUGGAUAUGAUGAAGCACCCCUUCCCACUUCGUAAUGAGUGUGGUGUAAACUACCUCUCUCGCAGAACGUGUAUUAAUAGCUAUCUUAAAGAUGACAAAACAAAGCUGACGAGUAUUGAUGUGUAACGGAGCCAUGUAAAUAAUGAAAUGUAUAAAAUGUUGUAGCAUAUUGUACAUUUAUGCAGGAAUGUUUCAAACCUGCAGAUAAAGUAUUUUUAGUAAUAACACUGAAUGUAAAAGUCACGCUAAGGACGUGGCUUGUUUUAAAAAUGCUGAAGAAUAUUUUGUUAAAAAAAAAGAAAAAGAAACUUUUGCAUAUUGUUCGUCAACCCCUGCACUGUGUGGUUUUGUUGCCAGUGAUCUUGCACAUAAUAUUUUUAUUUUGUAUAAUGCACUGUGUAGGGGCAGAGCAAGCUUUAAGUGCAAGUAAAAAAAAAAUAUAUAGAAAGAAAAUAAAAUAUAUAUUUUGAAAUUGAAAGGGACUUUUAUACAUCGUUUUUGAGUUGCCUAUGGAAUUACAAAAAAAAUAGAAAUUAUUGUAACACUUUUUUUUUUGAUAUAAUCCCAAUUAUUUUGCCCUUUAUCCAAAGUCCAUAAAGCAGUGUUGCAUUUGCACCAAGUCAUUGGUCUUUCCUCCACUGGCCAAUGUUUGAAGCCAGCGAUGCUGCAUUUUUAC